UACCACACAUACCCAAGACUCUUGGAACGUAAAGGUUGGUUUGAUUGAUUAUUCCAUUCUCAUGAUUAUGUAUAUAUAAUGUGGUUUAGUGAGUGGAGUGAAAGCCAUUCACAAAUUAAAUAUCAUCAAUUAUAUCUAUUUAUAUUCCACUGAAAAUGGGAAUUAGAUACCAAAAUGUAGCUGCAUGCGCAGUAUUGGUAAUUGUGAUGUUAAUGGCUGAAAUUGCAGGCAUUUGUGCAAAUUCAAGUACUCUCCUCCACUCUCCGUGUCUUGAAAGAGAGAGGCAAGCUCUUGUGAAGUUCAAAGCAUCCCUGAAUGAUUCGUCAAACACGCUUUCCUCAUGGCAUGGCCAUGACUGCUGCCAAUGGAAAGGGAUCGGUUGUGAUAAUGUUACCAGUCACGUUGUCGUGCUUGAUCUCGCCAAUCCUUAUGUGAAAUGCAGGAGAUCCGAGGCACAAAUUGAAUACACGUCGGAAGAACAUGAUUAUGAGGAGUCGUUAUCAAGUGAAUGUGACCCUUUCAGCGAUCAAUAUUUAAAAGCUACGAAUGUGAAUUCGUCCCUACUGGAACUGGAAUACUUGACUCAUUUGGACUUGAGUGGAAAUUACUUCUCUUGGAGUCACAUACCGAUGUUCAUUGGUUCUAUGCACCGCCUCAGGUAUUUAUCCCUCGCUGAUGCUGGUUUUGGCGGGAGAAUACCCAGCAAUCUUGGAAAUCUCACCAACCUCCACUUUCUUGAUCUGAGUGGGAAUGGAUUUUCACCAGACAGCAACAUCAAUUGGAUUUCUGAAUUGCCAUUCCUGGAACACCUUGAUAUGAGCUUUAUUUACACUUGGUUUCAGGUUAAUAUUAAUCUCACCAUCAAUGCUCCUAAACUUCAAUUCCUAAGUCUUGCCGACAAUGGAUUUAGUGUGUCAAAUUUGGAUGCUUUACAAAACAUGACAUCUCUUGUGCAUCUUGAUCUCCAUGGAAACAAUCUUACUUUAAUUCCAUCUUUGUUUGGCAACUUCAAGAAACUUGAGUAUCUUCAUCUUUCUAGGUGUGGGCUUCAUGGUCCAAUUCCAAAUGCUUUUCAAAAUGCAACUUCCAUUGAAUUUUUGGACCUUUCUGAGAAUAAUUUUGACUCUCUUUCAUCCUGGUUUCACAAGUUUAAAAAACUCAAACAUCUUUUUCUUUCAUCUAAUAACUUCCAAGGUACAAUUCCCGUUGCUUUACAAAAUAUAACUAGCAUCGAGUCCCUUGACCUUUAUGUCAACUCUUUUACUUCAGUUCCAUCUUGGUUUAUUGAGUUAAAGAAACUUGUCUACCUCGAUCUUUCACUUAAUAAAUUAACAUCUAUGAAAUGUUCCAUUUCAUCCAUUUUGAAAAGCAUGUGUCACCUGAAAUGGUUAUAUAUAGCAGGAAAUAGACUCCGACAAGAAUCUAUUGGAAACAAUGAUUUGUCUACCUGCAUUAGACAUGAUUUGGAGAAUCUUGACUUGAGUCAAAAUGAAUUUAACGAUCAUUUACCAUCUUGGUUAGGACAACUUGAAAAUCUAGGCAACCUUUAUCUCCAAGAUAAUUUUUUCUAUGGUCCCAUUCCCUCUUCUUUUGGAAAAUUACUGAAAUUGAAAAACUUGGAUUUAUCCAACAACAAGUUAGAAGGGGACCUUCCUGAUUUCAUGGGACAACUUGUAAAUUUAAUGGAGGUGAAUCUUUCAAAUAAUUCAUUUAAUGGAACGAUUACUCAAAAUCUUGAACAACUUGUAAAUUUACAAUAUUUUGAUAUCUCAAAUAAUUAUUUAAAGGGAAUUAUUCCUCAAAAUCUAGGACAACUUGUAAAUUUAUCUACUCUUUAUCUCUCCAAUAAUUAUCUAAGGGGAUCCAUUCCUUCAAGUCUUGGUCAACUUAUAAGUCUAGUCUUCGUUGAUUUGUCAAAUAAUUAUUUAAAAGGAAUCAUUCCUACUAGUCUUAACCAACUUGUAAAUCUGUAUACACUUGAUCUUUCAAGGAAUAAAUUAGAUGGGAGAAUGUGUAUUGACUUUCAAAAACUUGUGAAUCUAUUAUGCCUGGAUCUGUCUUCAAACAAUUUGUAUGGAACCAUCACAGUGGAAGAAAGUCAUCCUUUUAUUAUCUCAAAAAUGUCGUAUUUGAAUCUCUCACAUAAUCAAAUCAGUGGCUCACUUCCUGAACAUAUUGGUCAUAUAAUGCCCAAUUUGGGGUCCUUGAUUCUUGGAAAUAACCUCAUAAAUGGUUCAAUUCCAAAAUCAUUGUGCCAAGUUGAUGAUUUGAGUAUCCUUGACCUUUCAAAGAACAGACUAUCUGGUAAAAUCCCCAAUUGUUGGAAAGAUAACAAAGCAUGGGAAGAAAUAAAUUUGUCAUCCAACAAACUCUCAGGGGCUGUUCCAAGUUCAUUUGGGAACCUUUCCUCUCUCUCAUGGUUGCAUUUGAACAAUAACAGCCUUCAUGGAGAGUUUCUAGCAUCUCUGAGAAAUUUGUCACAGUUGUUGAUUAUGGAUCUCGGAGAGAAUCAAAUUUCUGGAACCAUCCCAUCAUGGAGUGCGAACACAUUUUCUUCACUACAAAUUCUAAGAUUGAGGCAAAACAGGUUAAGUGGUAGCAUUCCUUCACAGAUAUGUGAACUAUCAUCCAUUCAAAUCUUGGACCUUUCUCGCAACAAUUUAAAUGGUUCAAUACCUCGCUGCAUAGGCAAUCUUCGAGGAAUGACUCUUGAGGCUCCCGCUUUGUCUCCUGCUUCAUCUGCGGCCGAGCUUAACAAUUUGUCUCUUGCAGAAUCUCGUUGGACAACUGAGGAUGUCAUAGAAGUCAUAAAAGGAAGAGAACUUGACUACAUAAGAAUCUUGAAGCUUGUAGUCAUCAUGGACUUGUCCGAGAAUAAUUUGGUUGGCUCCAUUCCAAAAGGAAUAACAUUGCUCAAUGGUUUGCAUAGCUUGAAUCUAUCAAACAAUCAUUUGAUUGGAAAGAUCCCUAACAUGAUAGGAGAUAUGAGAUCACUUGAAUCCUUUGAUGUUUCGAGUAACCAACUCUCGGGUACAAUUCCAAGCAGCAUGUUAGCUUUAACAUCACUAAGUCAUUUAAACUUGUCACACAACGACUUCUCUGGCCCAAUUCCUACAGAGAACCAGUUUUCAACUUAUGAUUCAUCGAGUUAUGCUGGCAACCCAUAUCUUUGUGGAUCUCCUCUACCCAACAAAUGUGGUUAUUUACAUGAAGAUCAUGGGAGCAACGAAUUUGAAGAUGAAGACAACAACUUAGAUAAGUUGGAAAAGUGGUUGUUCUACUUUGUGAUUGCAAUUGGCUUUGCAACUGGGUUUUGGGGAGUUAUUGGGACUUUGUGGUUCAAGAAAACUUGGAGGCAUGCUUACUUCAGAUGGGUGGAAGAUUUAGCCGACACGAUCUAUGUCACAACUGCAAUAAGAAUGGCAAAAUUGAAGAAGUGGAUGAUGAUGAGAAGCCGUGUAAUUGCUUGAUCAUGUAUUCAUAUGUGUGUUUUUAUUUUUAUUUUGAAGAAUCAAAAGUGGAAAUAAAUUAAGGAAAGUGAAUGGUGUUUGAUGCAUGUAUGAAUGUAUGUGUAUGCAUGAAUUUGUAAUAGAGAUUGUCAUUUGAUGUUUAAUCUCAAGAACCUCUGCAUAAAACAGAACAACAUAUCUAACAAAGUUAUAAAUUGAAGUUGAGUUAAUAGCUCCCUUCUGCAAUUCACCUCUUUUGAUGCACCAAUUUUCUUAAAUUCCUUUUGAUUUCAUUUUCUCUGAACCUUGAUUCAAUGCAGCAGUAACCAUAUCACAACUGUUAUGUAACUAUACACUUCAUUUGUGGUUCAAUAUACUUGCUGGUUACAGAGGGCAGAGGCUAUUCAUUCAAUUUUGUUAGCAUUCAUUCUAUAACAAGUAAUGUGCAAAGGAACACACACCUAAUGAUCUAAUCGAAUAAGAUUAGUAAUUCCUUAAGCUUGAGGAAAGUAGUAUAUGUGUCCAAAUGGUCUUAUAUAUCAUGUAAAAAAAUAAUAAUGUCAAAUGAUUCAAUUCUCUAGCAGUAUACUAUAGCAUUAUACAUAAUUUAGUCAUGAUGAUAGUAAAUUAUUUGGUUCAAUUAAAACACUGAUUCUCAGUUGAUUGAAGAUAACAAAGAAGCAAUGAGACCUCUUUCUCAGCUCAUCACAAUCAGUUAGUGAAACAACAAUGCUAAAAUAUAAACCACGGGGGAGGGGGGCAAAAAAGUUAAAAGAUUCAAGAUAUGAUCAAUAUAAACAGAUUUCAAGAACAUAAAACCAUUAUGAAAAAUGCAAAAGUAUGUAAUGAGAAAAAAAUUAAGAGGAAACUAGCAAGACAACUACUAAAUCAUACACAUGCUACGUUGCAGUUUUUAUAAGACUAUUAAAAACUGUGUAUGAGAAUAUGCAUAUUUUUCAAGGUGUAUUUGGUCCGGGAAAAAUAAGAGCUACAUCUUCACUAAAAUGAUAAAACAAGAGACAAUAUUUACAAGAGAGAUUGUCCAUAGUAGAUUUUCAAUUUUACAAAAUAAGUGCUACAUAUUUACCAAAUUACUUGGUUUAUUAAGAGCUCCUGAAGUUCUAAUGGAUUGCUUAACCAUUGGCUCUAUAAAUAUGAGCAUCAAGCACUGGAUUUUCUCCAUUAAUGAGCUCAAAGACACAAACAUCUCCAACUUUUAAAUCAUUCUCAAGACUAAAAGGCCGCCAACCAUUCGAGAUAUAGGCAGCUGCUGCUACGGGAUAACAGAGCAACUUUGCAGGCCACAACUUUCCUUUGUACUGAAUCUCUACAUUCUGCUCCUUGUUUUCAAAAUACUUUGUGUAGAAGGAAGCUUUAAAAUUCUGCAUGGUAUAUAACAUUAUGUAACAAUACCACAUAAAAGCUUGCAUGAUAUAUAAGUUUCCUUAUGGAUAAAUGUAUAAGCUUAAACUUACAGCCCUUGAUCUCUGUAGAUUACUUUUCACUAGCUUGAUUAUGAAAGAGGGAUUUUCUUAGUUAAACUUCCGAACUUCUUCCAGACAUAGAAAACCACAGAACCCAGCCUCAAAAACUGCCUCCGAUACCAAAAAAGAAUUUAAAAAACGAAAUUACGGAAUAAGGCAGAUACCACAGAUUAGUUCCUUUGGAAGAA